AUAUGUGUGUUCAAGGAACAAAGAAAAAAAAUUGCCCAGCUUGUUUAAUAAUCAGGGAAAUUCAAAAGUUUCCUGAAUACAAGUUAACCACCGAUAAGCGAUCAGAGAGAGAGAAAAUUUCCAAACGAAUACGUGCUACUGGUUUGCACUCAAAAACUUUUCAAUCUGUUGUUGUUGUACAGUUUCCUGCUACCUCAGAUCACUCUGGCCAUUCGAUUGGUCAGGAUUCAGGAAUCUUACAACGAGUAGAUAAAAGAUUAAUUGCAAAAAUUGGGCAAUUGUUGGAUGAAGGAGUGCGUAACAUAAUGGAGUUUAAGCGACACCUUCAGAUUUUUGUUACAUGUGAGUUGUUUAAAAACAAAACACCACCUUUGGUAACAAAUAGAAGAUACUUUCCAACAAUAAAAGACAUUCGUAAUCACUACUAUGUUGAAUUUACAAAACGAAAACUUUCGAAAAUUGAUCAAUCAAAUGUGGCAUUGCUAAUUGAUGAUUGGAAAGCCAAUUCUCCAGAAAGUAACAUUUUCUUUCGUCCAUACAUUGCCGGUGGGAAUUCCAUGAAAAGCAAUCCUGCUAUUGAUUGUAAACAAACAAUGCUGUUUGUUUACCAAACUACCUGGCAAAAAAGACUUCUGCUGCGUUAUGGACAAGAUAUUUGUCUUCUUGAUGCAACUUACAAAACAUCAAAGUAUGCACUGCCUUUGUUCUUUUUGUGCGUCAAAACAAAUGUCAACUAUCAAGUAGUUGCAUGUUUUGUUUUGCAAAAUGAAUGUCAGGCAGACAUAACAGAAGCUCUUAAAAUGUUAAAAACUUGGGCACCUGAAUGGAAUCCUUCGUUCUUUAUGACUGACAAUUGUAAGGCGGAAAUUAAUGCCGUGGAAGAAACAUUCAAAGAGAUGGGUUUCACUUUACCGAACAGAAAAAAUGGGUGUUUUGAUUGGUACAAACAAUGGUGUUGAAAGGCAAAACAGAAUGCUGAAGGAAUGUCACAUGAAAUUCAAUGCAGACAAAUCCUUAUCUGGACUGUUAAAAGUACUUCACCAUGACUUCUUACCACAAGCAAUAAAAAAGUAUGUUUUUACAGUUUAACUAGGAAUAAAACUUGCUUU